AUGCCAAGACUUGAAGACAAUCAGGUCUACGAUGAGGAAGAUGACCUCCUCAACCGUAACCGCCGGAGGGUUGUGCGUCUCUGGGAAGACUUUGUCGGGUUCGCAUUUCAGGGAAAUGUUCUCGAGAUCGCUUUUGGUUUGAUCCUAGCCACAAUGUUUACAGCCCUCGUCACCUCCUUCGUUUCCGACAUUGUCCUCCCGCCCAUCUCAGUGCUUCUUCCACUGAACAAGAACUUGGAGGAGAAAUUCGCCGUUCUCCGGUCCGGAGCCAACCACCCGGAGGAAGGGUACAAUACCCUGAAGCAGGCGCAGGCGGAUGGUGCUGUUGUUAUGGCUUAUGGAUUCUUCAUGAACCGUCUCCUCAACUUCAUGGGCGUCGGCUUCUCGCUGUACAGCAUCGCCUCCAUUUACCAGUGGAUGUCCAAGGACCCCAUCAUCAAGAAGACUGUUCCUUGCCCGUACUGCUGCAAGUUCAUCAACAUUAACUCAAUCCGCUGCGUAAACUGCACCUCGUGGCUCGACGGCCGCGAAGACAUGCUCCGCCCAAUGCACAACGCCGCCCCUAGCAUCACCACCACCGGCCCCGCGGCGGGCGGCGCAGGACCUUCUGCUUACCAAGGCGAUGGCUAUAGUGGGGCUGGGGCUGGGCCCAUGGGCGAUGGAGGCGGAGGUGCUGCUGGUGCUGUAGGAGGUGCUAAUGGUGGUGGUGGUGAUGGUGGUGACGGAGAUGGUGGUGGUGCGGCCAAUGGUGCUGAUGCGGGAGGUGGAGCAGGAGGAGGAGGAGGAGGAGGGCCGGUGGGAGUAACUGGCUUCGGCUUUGGUGCUGCGUCUGUGUCAUAUGGGGCUUCGGUAUCUACAAAUCGAUUCGGAUCAUUUGGGGCUGGGGGCGCUGGUGUUGGUGCUGGUGUUGGUGCUGGGUCUAGGUUUGGGUCCCUUGGGGCUGGAGGUUCCUACGGCGCUGGAUCGAGGUUCGGGUCGUAUGGCGGUGGGGGAGCUGGGGGAGCCGGGGGAGCUGGAUCCAGGUUUGGGUCAUUUGGAGGGGCGGGGGGAUCUUUUGGCGGUGGUUCAUUUGGUGGUGGUGGUGGGGGAGGAGGGGGUGGUAGGGGCGAUCGAGGAGGUUGA